UGGGUCUUGUUGCUGCAGUACCUGGGGCUCAUUGUUCGGAGAGAGGCAGUGUGUUGAUGUUACUUGGGAGGCAGAGAGCUUUAUUUUAAUAGGGAAGCUGUGUAACAGCAGACAAAGAGAGCAGGUACCGACUUGAGGGAUGGGAAAGGAAGAGUCAUCUGAGGAGGAGGAGGAGCUGCGAGCAGAUCUGGGCUGAGAAGCUUAGUAAGCAGGAGAUGCUCGAGGGACCAGAGAAGCAGACCGGUUUCCGAGUGGCGAUGUAUCCAGCCGCGGUAGGAGUGCCUGCAGAGGCCCAGCAGCCUCAGCAGCAGCCACAGCCACAGCAGCAGCAGCAGCAGCAGCAACAGCCGCCAACUUCAAAUAAGCGGCCCAGUAACAGUGCUCCCCCCCCAACCCAGCUGAACAAGAUCAAGUACUCAGGGGGACCCCAGAUUGUGAAGAAGGAGCGGAGGCACAGCUCCUCCCGCUUCAACCUCAGCAAAAACCGGGAACUGCAGAAGCUCCCAGCCCUUAAAGAUGCUCCUCCACAUGAACGAGAAGAGCUUUUCAUCCAGAAGCUGCGGCAAUGCUGUGUGCUUUUUGACUUCAUCUCUGACCCUCUCAGUGACCUGAAGUUCAAGGAGGUGAAACGAGCAGGUCUCAACGAGAUGGUGGAAUACAUCACACACAACCGGGAUGUUGUCACUGAGGCCAUCUAUCCUGAAGCUGUUAUCAUGUUUUCAGUGAACCUCUUCCGGACACUUCCACCAUCAUCCAACCCCACAGGCGCGGAGUUUGACCCUGAGGAAGAUGAGCCUACGCUAGAAGCUGCCUGGCCACACCUUCAGCUGGUGUAUGAGUUCUUCCUCCGGUUCCUGGAGUCACCUGACUUUCAACCAAAUGUAGCCAAGAAAUACAUCGACCAGAAGUUUGUACUGUCUCUGCUGGAUCUGUUUGACAGUGAAGACCCCAGAGAACGAGACUUCCUAAAGACUAUUCUGCACAGGAUCUAUGGGAAGUUCCUGGGCCUGAGAGCAUAUGUGAGGAGGCAGAUCAACAACAUCUUUUACAGGUUCAUCUAUGAAACAGAGCACCACAAUGGGAUUGCAGAGCUGCUGGAGAUCCUGGGAAGCAUAAUCAAUGGCUUUGCUUUGCCUCUGAAGGAAGAGCACAAGAUGUUCCUCAUCAGAGUCUUGUUACCACUGCACAAAGUGAAGUCUCUCAGUGUCUACCACCCACAGUUGGCCUACUGUGUUGUACAGUUCUUGGAGAAAGACAGCAGCUUGACAGAGCCAGUGAUUGUGGGCUUGCUGAAGUUCUGGCCGAAAACUCACAGUCCCAAGGAGGUGAUGUUUUUAAAUGAGCUGGAGGAGAUCCUGGACGUGAUUGAGCCAUCUGAAUUUGUGAAAGUUAUGGAGCCCUUGUUCAGGCAGUUGGCCAAGUGUGUCUCCAGCCCACACUUUCAGGUGGCAGAGCGAGCGCUGUACUAUUGGAACAACGAAUAUAUCAUGAGCCUGAUCAGCGAUAACGCAGCCAAAAUUCUCCCCAUCAUGUUUCCAGCGCUCUACAAGAACUCCAAGAGUCACUGGAACAAGACAAUCCAUGGCUUGAUCUACAAUGCACUGAAGCUGUUCAUGGAGAUGAACCAAAAGCUUUUUGAUGACUGCACACAGCAAUACAAGGCAGAGAAGCAGAAGGGAAGGUUCAGGAUGAAGGAAAGAGAAGAAAUGUGGCACAAAAUAGAGGAGUUGGCCCGGCUGAACCCCCAGUACCCCAUGUAUUAUGCACCUUCACCACUGCCUCCUGUCUGCUGUAUGGAAACGGAGACCCCCACUGCAGAGGAUAUACAGCUGCUGAAGAAGACAGUGGAGACAGAGGCUGUGCAGAUGCUGAAAGACAUUAAGAAGGAGAAAGUUUUGCUGCGCCGGAAAUCUGAGCUUCCUCAGGACGUCUACACUAUAAAAGCCCUGGAGGCCCACAAGAGAGCAGAAGAGUUUCUCACUUCAAGCCAGGAGGCUCUCUGACGGGCUCAGGAGCUGGCCCGGGAAGCUCUGCCCCAUCCCUUUUCCCCAGAGGUCACAGAAAUGCACUUGGUUCUCAUGUAUAAAUAAGGAAUGAACAUGGUGAGCUGUGCCUGUCCUCCACUCCAUCCACUUCCCCCCAGGAUAGAUCUGGCUUUACGUUAUGACUUGUAUCUCACCACUGUCACGUCCUGCUUUUCCUCCUUCCUCCUGCUUUUCUGCCUGGGGUGUGCAUGCGUGAAGGGAACCUGCCUGACCUGUGAUUGUAUCAGCCCAGGCAGCUUCAUUUCCAGCUGCUACCAGAUUCUUACUCUGCCUGGGAGCCAGAGCCUUGCUGUGCUGCAGCACUAGGCUCUGUGUUGGCCAGAGGCUACCAUGUGUGGCUCAGCAUGCUGCUGCAAGCCCCAAGUGCCCAUGCACCAUGCCUGCCCCUCUGCAGCCAAGCCCUGUGGUGCCCAGAGGUCAGGCUGAGCUCGGGCCAGGAGUUUGUGGGGACCCUGCUGCCUCUCCACCUUGCCUUGGGGUGCAGCUCUGCAGCUGAAGGGUCUCAUGCACAGCAGAGAUGUCAGCUUCCAGCUUUCUUUUGCUUCAAGCCUUUUGUUUUGUUCCUGUCAGUGGAGUGGGGGUUCAGUGCUUUGCCACCCCUAGUAAAGCUGGGUGCGAGCGCUGCGUACUGUUGCAGCCCUCCCUGUAGAGCAUCCACAGAAGCUCUCUUGUGGGAAAGUGAAUUCCUUCAGCUGUUUGUGUUGGUCUGUGCCGACUCCUUACCUGCAUCCCAGUGUCUUGGGUUAAUUGUGGGCCCAGAAUUAACUUUCUGCUUUGUAGCAGGCGUCCCCCACUGACUCCUGCUCUCUUCCUCUACCUGCUCAAUUAAAAGACUGCUGCAGCUCUCCCUUUGUUGCUGUAUCCCAUGCAUAGCUCUGCAGUGGCCAGGGUUUCUAGGAAGCUUGUGCUGCUCAAGUGAUUUCUGCAAACUAUUAGAAGCAAUGGAUACACGUUCCAGGGCAGGCUGAGUUCAAGUGUUGUCUCCUCUUUAUGACCAGUGGCUAGGUGCUGCUGCCAACAUGCUUCUGUGUGUGCUCUGAGCAAAGUCCGCCUUGCCCUGCUACUUUGGCACCUGCUGCAGCCCUAGGCCCUUGUUAGUUAUCAUGUGGUGCACCAGGCACUUGUGCUAAUUUAGCCUUUAGAGCACACUUGCUGAUAGCCCAGGGGGUUGCACACGUGGGUGCUACUGUUACACAGCAUUUUCCUUACCUUUUGUGGUGCAGAUUCAAGGUGCCACCUCAGAGAGGCUGGUUUGUGAUAGCAAAGGGACUCUUCCUUGCUUCUUACCUGCUGUGCUUGCGUUCUUGACACAUAAGCUUCAAGUGGGGUUGCAGUAGUGGAGAGAGCACACAGGGUUGAUGCUAGUCCUGCCACUGCUUUGCAGCACCAUGGGAUGUUGCAGAAGGCCCUGGUGUAUCUGCUUGUCCUCACCAUAGAACCAUUCCCAGGUCAGAGCUUCCUCCUCUCUCAUCUUGCCACGGGUGUGCAGCUCACCUUUCCUCCCACCCAAAGCAAGCUUUUUGAUUUCCCCUGUGUGUGCUGUGCCUCCAGCCUGUUUGGCACACUUUCCCCUGGACACUCCUUGGGUGUGCCACCGUCCUUAGGAGUAGCUGGCAAGCACGAGUGCGUGCGGGAUCACCACCAGUCAUGCAGGACCCUACCUCCCCUCUGCUUCAUGCAAUGGGCCAGUUCAUCAGGAGACUUACAAAAACACCUCAGGGAGGUUCUUGCUUAUUUUGAACAUUAGUCCAAGCUCAUGGUCAGCUGCCGAUCAAUUACCUCAUGCCUGGCACAGCAUGUAGACAUGCCCUGGGUGGCGCCAGGGGGAGCAGACUAGCAGCAGGCAUCUCAGGGCACGGCAGAGAUGAGGAUGGCCGAGCACCACUGGCAGCAGGGCUCGGGAAGAUAGCUCUCCCCGCUGCAGUACAGCCGUUCUGACUCACCCAUUUACCGUUGCGUUUAUAAGCCACCGCGUCCCUUCGAGCGCUGCAGCCGGUGUGUGCCCUCACCUGAGCCUGCUUGCUGCUAGGCAGCGUCUGCCUUUCCCCGGAACGGGCUGCUCUGCUCACGGAAGGAACGGAGGCUUCUGGUGCACAGGAGCUGUUUGCUGUCCUGCAGAAGGUGCUCUUCUGCAGACGGUCCUGCUGGCAGCCCCUACGCCUGGCCAGAGGUUGCUGCUGGGGUUGUGCCACAUGCAGAGGCAGGACUGUAACACAUCACGACUGUGUGCUGUACAGCUUCAGUGUUCUCAUAGUUUUGUGUGUCUCGUUCUGGGUCAGGGAAUUUAUGCUUAGUACUUCACACUGCCGUUAGUUUGCUGCCUAUUCAUUCCAGUGUCCUUGGACAUCCAAGAAGGGGACCACCUAAGAAAGGGGGGAGUGUGCUCAUCUGCUGCUCAUAUGCAGGCCUCUGUCUGCAAGGCUACAGCUACCCCCUGCUGCUCAACACUUCUUUUUUAGCGUUAGCACUGCUCAUUUCUGCCUAUGCCUUUCCCCACAUCAGCCAAAUGGACAGAACUGGAGCUGCCUCUUCCACUUCACCUGGCUCCCUCCUCCCGAGGGAACAAGCGACACUUAACUAUUGUAUUCACCCCCUGGACACAAGUAUUAAGCUGCUUACAGUUCAUAUGUACAUAUGGUGUACUUUAUUUUCAGUAGAGCAUUACAUAGUAUGAAAGUGUUGGAUUUUGUACAGAUGUCCCUGUAUGUACAGAACUAAAUAAAAACAAUCUCUUGGAAAGACAA